CCCUCCGACGACGGCGAACUUCAGCUCUCAACCAACACCACGGCCAACCACACCGAACUAUCUUCACUUCUGACUCUGCUGAGAUAGAAAUAGAACAGGACACUUGUCCUCUUUUUGGUGGGAUUCUCUCCAACCUAUGUGAUAAUGCCGCCCUGGCCCUAGCCAUCUCCUUUCCCCUCGACUUCUUUCAACUCGCCUUCAGUUUCGCCUCUUCUCUCUCCCUGGGUAUACUCAAUACAGGACAUACACAAGCCGCAUCAAAAAAAAAUAAAAAAUAAAAAAUAAAAGAACUCAACCAAAAUCAUGGCUACUCCGUUCUCCUGUCUGAGCUCCAUGUCUCCUCCCCCCUGCUCAGAACCCGUCCAGUUGACCGUCUCUCCCGCGGAGACUACCCUCUCCUUCGCCACUGAGCAGGUCAUUGCUCAGGUCAAGACGGAACCAGCUACCCCAAAGCCCGAAGAGAAGAAACCAGUCAAGAAGAGAAAGUCGUGGGGUCAGGAACUGCCCACCCCCAAGACUAAUCUGCCUCCAAGAAAACGAGCCAAGACUGAAGAUGAGAAAGAACAACGCCGUAUUGAGCGCGUGCUCAGAAACCGUGCUGCGGCUCAGACUUCGCGGGAGCGGAAGAGACUCGAGGUCGAGAAACUCGAGGGCGAGAAGCUCGAGAUGGAACACCAAAACGGGCUGCUCCUACGCCGCCUGGCCCAGAUGGAGGCGGAAAACAACCGCCUGAGCCAACAAGUCGCCCAGCUCUCCGCCGAAAUCCGAUCCUCCAGAGGCUCCUCUCCGCAAUCCAUGGUCUCCGGCCUGGCCUCGCCAACCCUCGCCCCGAUCCUCCUCAAACAGGAACGGGACGAAAUGAUCUCAUCCCUCGACAAAAUUCCAUUCCCCACCCCGUCCAUGUCCUCCUACUCGCCAAGCGUGAAGGGCUGCGAUCUCAUCGACUCCUCCGACAUGACACAACAUCCUGCAGCGAUGUUGUGCGACCUGCAGUGUCAGUCGGAGGAGUGGCAACCAUCGACAGCUCCUCACCAGGCGCAACAGCAACCUCCCCAAGCCUCUCCAAGCCUCUGUUCGACUCCCGCCACAGCGACUUCAACCUCUCCACUCCCGCUCCAGCAACCACAGGCGCCACCACAACAACUCCUCUUCAACCUGGCGGUGCUCUCGAUCAUCCAGCACCUCUUUCAGAUGAUGACUUCCACCGCCUAUUCUACCCUUCUAAUCCCUCUGACUCAGAUCUUUCGCUCCUUGAAACAGGGCUCCCCUUUGACCUUUUCUCCAGCGGAGAUCCAGCAACACUUGCCUUUGAUUCUCUGGUUGAUUUCGACGCCGACCCUCUCGACCUUCUCGACGACGUCGACAACACCAACAAAACCUCAUCGACGACAACACUCGGAGCCUCCGACAACGAACCGUCCAGUCUUUCGAAUCCACCUCCUCACCCGCCUUCUAGCGUGCAGCCCAGCUUUGGCGCGUCCACUUCGCGAUGCGACGAGCAAGGCAUUUUUGCAGCUAGUUGCUAGCGGUGGGGUAUUGGAUUUUGGCAGCCUGUUGGCGGCUUCGUCGUCUGGCAGCGCUCCGGUGGGCCGUGGUGAUGGUGAUGUUGAUGUAGGGAGUCGUCCUGUAGGCUAUGAGUUGUUAUUGACCAUGAUCUGGGCGAUUGAUUGUAUUGAGCGGGCCAAGGCACGGAAAUGCAAACAACAUGUCAAGGGUAUAUCGAUGUUGUCGAUGCGGAGUCAGAGGACACUCGAGAGCCGGACGCGGUUUUCUCGCAGUGGUUCUGGCUCUGGUAAUGGUGUAAGUCGUGCGUGGAUCAAAUUUCAGACGGUGUUAGGGAAUGGUCCUUCGCGGAAUUCCUCGAGUUCUGGUUCUGGUUCUAACUCCAGAUCGAAGGAGGGAUGGACCUGGAGAAGAGACCAGAGACGGUGAUGAUUGAUAUGAAUUUUUUUCUAGCGGGCCUUCUCAUUUUCACCUUUUGAUUCUUGGCUUGAGGUUUUUCUUUUUGUUUUUUUUUUUCUUCCUUUUUUUCCCUUUUUUCCCUUCUCUUCUU